AUGAAAUUGAACAAGGGUUCGGUCAAGUUCUUCCAGUCACGAUCAUCCCUGGAAAAGACAACAGCCAAGUUGAUUUCUAGGAGGACAACUUGCGACAGGAGAGCAGCACACAUGAGGAACGAGUACUUACUAUGUCUGGCCGCGGCCAAUGCACAUCGGAAACGACUGCAUGAAACGGACAUGCCAUAUCUAAUGGAGACGCUUGAUGGUGAUAUCUAUGAGAGAUUACGCAACCAUUUCAGAGUGUUCAGUACCACUGAAAUUGAGACCAGUACCUAUGUCAAAUCAUGUUUCCAGAAAAUAUCAGAUGAAGCUGAAAUGUCACAGGCUGCGGAAGAUUCCCAGAAGAUAAAGAGAUGUCAUCAGCAACAGAAGUUUUUGAAAGAGAAUCCCAUCUUCACGGACAUUGUCCAGUAUGUUUAUGAUCCAGUUGAGAAUGAUGAGGUGUCAAACUUAAUCAUGGACAAUACGGAAUCCCUCUACCUAGAGAGAGAAGCCAGACGAUGGGCUACCCAGGUGGCCAAGGAAUCCAACCGCAUAGGAACCCUUACCAGACAGAUGGAAGGGUGCCAACCAUAUCUUAACCAACUCAGGGGUUCUGAUAAUUCUUCAGACAGUGGGUUCUCACAGGACAAAGAUCCAGAGGUCAAGCUGGAUACCUUGAGAGAAACCAGAAGGAAAGCAGAAACUAAUAAAUCAAAAGCAGAGGCCAAACUGGAUGUUAUGAGGAAUGCAGGAAUUGAUGUUGAGGAAUGGCUGAACAGUGCUUACGAAGCGAUGGCCAAGGAAGCUGAAAUCGAAGCCCAAACCAUGCUCCAACAGCAACAUUCUCAACAGGAACAACAACAUUCAUUAGUAGAGCAACAACACUAUGAAACAAGCCAUGAGGAGUUUGAUGAUGGCGAUGAUGUUGAUGAUGACCAAAGGCAACAUGCACCACAUGUGCGUGAGCUUCAUUCUUAUAGCAUCACAAGUUUUGAUUCUGUAGAUGAGUUUGAACAUUCUUACGAUGAUCAGAUUAGUCAGGGUUCGAGCGGACAUUCCAUCAGCAGCAAAAACCCAACCAAAUGCACAGCCAUCUUUGAUUACACAGCACAGCGAGAUGAUGAGCUGACUAUCAGGGAACAUGAUGUCUUGGAACUUAUUGAAGAAUCAGAAGGAGAUGGCUGGCUCAAGGCAAGAAACCAACAUGGUGAUACAGGAUAUGUGCCAGAGAACUAUAUUGAGAUUGAGAAGCAACGGCUCUCCUUCACUCUGCAGUCACCCAAGGGAGAUGGAGGGCAGCAGUCUGGUCAGGAGCUUGGGCAUGCUUCAUCGCAAUCUUCAGUGGAUUACGAAGUACAGGCUGUUAUGGGUGUCCAAGGAACUGGGGAAGACUCUGGAAGACCUGCAAUUUGUAUGGUGAGAGCUUUGUAUGACUACGCUGGUGGCUGCCAUGAGGAAUUGUCAUUUGUGGAGGGAACAGUCUUCAAGCUGCUUAGACGGGAUGAGAAUGGAAUCGAUGAUGGUUUCUGGGAAGGCGAAAUCAAUGGAAGGAUUGGUGUCUUUCCAUCAUUGCUUGUUGAGGAACUGGACUCUGAGUCUAGACAGGGUUCAAGUGAUUCCAAAUCAAAAUCUAGGUCCAGGCCAAAGUACAGACAGCACAGAUGUGUCCCCUCUAUUGUAAUAGAUGAUGCCCAUUGCUGGUCCAAUGAUUCUAGUUACACUUAUUCCUCAGAAGAUAGUUAUGCAGAGAGACAGAUUAGGCCCUCCCCUAGAUCCUUUUUCCCUGGUAGGGCCCCUCCUCAUUCCCGUCGCUCCCAACAACGUUCAUCCCCAAAACAUCCGAUUGCUGCUCGAAAGGCCAAUCGUAAUUCAGUUGUGAGGUCCUUCAAGAAGGGUAAGAAGAUAGAAUACAAAAAAGCGCCUAAGAAGGGAACCCCCCGUGUCCUUGCUGGUCUUAAACAAAAUGGCGUUUCCUCACGCGAGGCUCAAGUUCAGAGCAAACGGCAGCGAAAAUUAGUAGGUCCAUCCCGUAAAUCUCCGUCUGAUCCACAGUGUAAAGAAUGCAUUCAGUCAGCGCGUAAUCGUCCUCCUCUUCCUGAACCAAGACGUGACCCGGUUGAAAGGGGAACGCACAAUAAGUGGUUCCGUAUCCAAUCAACUGAUGACAAUGUUCUCAAAGCUAAUGGUGUCCAACAUCCCUGUGCCCCACCACAUAACCUGCAGCUUUCAGUUGGUGCCUUGGACCGGACCAAGAGCCCUUCCCUUAAUAGCAACAUGAAUCAAUGUGGUGGUUUCAUCCAGUAUGAAGUGUCUGCAGAACAAAUCAAGAAGAGCCAGACUUUGACCCGUGCAAAGUCCUGUUGGGAUUGUAAAGAGGCCCAGCCUUGUCGUUGUAGACCCAAAUCACCCCUUCCUGAUCAUACUUAUUAUGAGUUGCAAAGACCUGAUCAACAUAGACAGCAAUUUCAAACACAAAGACAUAACCAAUGCACUCAAGAUUUGCAUAGACAAACGCCACCUGGACAAGCUCAUCACAGGGAAGAUCCACGCCGGAAAGAACAUCAAAGACAGGACCCAAGCAUACAAGACUUACAAAUGCGAAGCCUUCAGAAACAAGACCCUCAAAGACGGGACCCAAGAGUAGCAAGUCCCCAAAGACAAGAUUUCUACAAACAAGACUGUAACAGUAAAGAACCUCUUAGACAUGACCCUCAAAUGCAAGAUCUUAAAAAACAGAAUCCUCAAAGACAAAAUCAUCAGAUACAGGAAAGAAAAGACCAUGGAAAGGACCUGCCACAGUGUGGCAUGCACAUACAAGAAUUGAACAGACACAAUCAGCGAAUGCAGAACGCACAUAGACAAGAUCUGCAGCAACGAGGGAUGAAAGUUCAAGAAUUAAACAGACAAAAUCAGCUAAGACAGGACCCUGUAAGACGAGACCCGCAACGACAGGCCAUGCACAUGAAGGAAAUGAACAGACUCAAUCAGCAAAGACAAGAACAACUUAGACAUGAUCUGCAAGGACUAGACCCUCAUCUACAAGAACUUAACAUCAAUCAUCAUAGAAAUACUCCUUGCAGAACAGAUCCACGAACAGAACAUCAUGUGCGUACAGUUCAGCAAAGACAGAAUUCUAAUAAUCAAGAAACGGUACACCAAGAAGACCUAUGUAGAGCAGUCCAUAAGAAACAAGAAAAACGUGAAACUAAUCUGCACAGAGAAGGGCCUCAUGAACAAAAUAAAAAACGACAAGACCAAACUGCAAAUUGCAUUGUAAAAAGGGACCAAAUAAAACAGAAUCGUAUUGAAAAAGAUCAAGUGGUACAAGACCCAUUCUCUACAAAACAAGUAAUAAACGGGGAAACAAGUCAAGGCCAGCGUAGACAAGGACAGCAUAGGCAAUAUCAACUUAACAAAGAACAUAACAGCCAGGACUCAUUUGGACAAGACCCAACCAAACAAGACGAUACUGAGCAAGAUGAUUGCAGGAAUUAUGUUAAUGGACAAGACGUGCAGGCACUAGGAGCACUCAAACACAAAAUGCAGAAACAAGACAUUCGAGAACAAGAGUUUCACCCGCAGAGUUCAGAGGGAGUCAUAACACUAGCUGUGAAUGGAACAACUUGUAAAAAUGGAUCUGAAAAGGAAACCAUAACACACAGGGAUAGUACUCUAGGUGAUGAUCACCAAUCAGAGGAAGAUAAAGCUCUUCGAAAGUUGAGGUUCCUCGAUUCGAGAAAGAGUCUUGAGCAAAAAUUUAGUGCUCCUAUACUCGGUCAGGAGGAUAGAGUAAGUGCUUGCAUUUCUGGGCUAAAGGAUAAAGAGGCAUCGGACGAUAAUCAAAAUGAAAAUAAGGUACAGGAGUUGUUACAGAAUGGUAAAGACUGUGGCAUUGCAAUACCAAAUGGGCUACAGACAGAAAUGAUGAUUGAAAAAUCAUCCAACGAAACGAUUGAUGAUGACACAUCUCCUAGCCAAGAUGAUAUGCCAUCCCUUUCAAGGGGAAUUUCUAAGCAGGGGUCAAAAAGAAAAUGUAGCAAAAAGAAAACAACUUUCUGUUUAACCAACCAAAAGAGGGAAAGGAAAGUGAGCUCAAGCUUUCACAUUGGAAAAUCAUCAACCAGUGCACGAAACGUGCUUGAAGAGAAGAGAGCAACGUCAAUUCCUGAUCUUAGUUUGCUGGAAGGCAUGUAUAGCACAAGAAUAGGCCCUCCAAUUAGUCCAAGAACUGAUAGCCUCAUCAAGAAAAGGCCAGCUCAUGGUAUCCUCAAGCAGUCCCAGAGCCUGGAUUAUAGAAAGAUAAAGAGUCCCCCAUAUAGCCUUGAUAUAACCGAUGUGAAGUCUAAGUCUAUGUCCAUAGGUCCAAAGCGGGAUAUGAGUUGCCCUGAGAGGCUUUCUGAUAUCUGUAAUGCUGUUGUUGAAGAAGAGGAGGAAGAGGUCAAAGGUCAACCUCACAUUGAUCAAUAUGCAAGAGUUGCAAGGAAUAGAGAUGAAAGGUCAAAGGUCAGGGCACAGGGAUGUAGACAGGUGAUCCAGGAAACCUUGAAAAGCCCCAUGGUAGAGCGUCGUGCUGCCUCCCUUGAUGAAUCUGCUCAAGAGGAUUUGAACCGGUUGAGGAACCAAGACCGUAAAUCCAGUUGUCCCACUGCAUCACUCAUCUUCCAGCAGAAGCAUACAGAGAGCAUUAGUCCUCCUAAUUACCGCAAGGCAAACAGUCCCAAUACCUUAUCUUGUGCGAAUAACAGAAAAGUGUCCAGUAGGGUCAUCAGUCCAACUCUUGAACGGCAUCUGAGAAACCUCAAUUCCUUCUGGUCUCAGAAUCGGGCAUCAGUUGUCAUUAAUGGUCCUCAGGAUACUCCUCAAUCCCAAGUCACACAGCAAGAAGAGAAAUCUCAGGGAACAUCCCGUAGCAACUCAUUUCGUUCAGAUUCCCUGUUGGAUGAUGGCAAGCAAAAGGCUGUCAGGUCCCGUAGUUGUUCCCCCUCAAGAAACAGACAAAGCUCCCCUGCGCUACCUAUCAAUGGACACAAAUCAAAUACCCUCCCUUGGGAUCCACUGCGCUCCUGUAACCCCUCUCGCAUCAAUUCCACCACUACCAGUACCCCUACCACAUCCACCAGCACCACCCUAGCUCGCUCUGCCUCCCGCAGCCCCUGCACCAGCCCUCGGAACAGCCCAAGACUCUCCAGGAAACAGGGAGAUGCAAUGCCUGAAACGCCUGAAUACGAGACCGCCGAACCAACGAUGUCGCCCCCUGCAUUCUCUCCACCAGCCUUUGCACCCCCUCCCCUACCUCCCACCAUCCUGACCGAUCAUAACCCAGACUAUGAGGAGGUGGAUAAGGGAAGACCAGCAUCAGCUAAUGAACUCGCAUCACCAACUGGUCAAUACGGUUAUAUGAGGCAACCGUCGUAUGUAGAAUGUGCCAGGUCUGUACCAGCGAGUCCUGUAUCCACCACUCCACCCUCUACAUCCAUUAAACCAGUGAGGGCAGCACCACCUCCUCCCUCGGCAAAGAAGAAGGUAGAUCAACAAGCCUCCGAGACUUAUGAAACUACACCGGUCUCUUAUGUAUAAAGCAAGAAGAGUCAAUCUGGAACACUAAAUACGUGCAAACAAGGUUGAUAUUAGCAUCAAUUGCAAUCUGAGAAGCGAAAGUUGAAUAUUUCUGUUUUAAUAUAUGAUGAUUAUUUUUUGAAGUGCAAUUAUCAUUAAUUCUGUAUGUUUAUAAAUACAGAGCUGAUUUAUUUUGAUCAAAGAAAUAGUUAUUUCUUAACUGUUUGAUACAGAUACAUGUGUUUGUCUUACAAGAAGAUGAUUGAUUAAUUAUGUUUAAUGAAGUAUUUAAAAGCUUUUCCAAAUAAUUUUUUUUUUUAGGUAUUUCUUCCAAGUUAAGAUUUUUUCAGGAAUGCAACUUUUAUAUCGUAACACUUUCAUUUCAUUCACAUUAUCAAUCAUGUAAACCAGUGAAGUCAGUAUACAAUUUUAGUAAGCCCCCAAGAAAAUAAAUAUGUAUUUCUGAAAAGCAAAUAUGAAAUCAAAGCGAUACAAAUAUUAUCGCAUAUGGUCAUAAAAAAAAAUUGUUAAAUAAACAACUCAUGAACUUACUCAAUAUAUCAGCAGAAAUUGAAAUAUUUGUGUUUACAGAAAUAUGGGAUUAUACAAAUUCUAGAACCAAAUGCGAUCAUUUCAACAUGCAGAUGAUUGACAAAAGGUCACUUUUGUAGAAAGAAAUAAUUAACGAGCAGUUCUAGUAGUUGGUUUUGGUGGGUGAACUUGCAGCUUAAAAAUGAAGCUGCCCUGUCUAAAAUCCAUGGAUUCUAAAAUCCACAGAAAAAGGGAAAACAUUUAAAAAAUAUACAUUUUUAAGGUUGAGACCCUGGGAAGCCAUGACUAAAGCCAGUAAACACCUCUUUCUAUUGAUCAAAUUGAUCAAUUUGUCUUAUGUUUUUGCACCAUGUAACUCAUUGUUUCCUACCAAGUGUGCUUAAGUAUAGAGUACUAGAAAGGAUUUCAUGUAUAUUGAUUAUACAUUUAUAUCUUCCAAUACUGUUUGAUUCUUGUGAAAUGAUAGUUUUUGGAAAUGAAGUUAUUUUGUAUUGUUUUUGUAGCUGCAUACUCAAAGUUCUUUAAUUACACAUUAGUAUUUUUGUACAUGUGUAUCGUUUUGCCAAGAUGAAGAAUAGUGAACAUUGAUUGUCAUGUAAAUAAGAUUUUUAUCAAAUGAAUUAUUUUCCCAAUAAUAUUUUGUAUAUAUUUGAACAGCAUAUAUUACAUAGUUCUCAUUGUCUUGUAACAUUCUGUAUUUCAAUACAAACAUUUGUGUAGUAGUCCUGUCUUGGCUUUUGUACUUAAUAUAUUUGUUUAAAUUUUUAUGCAUCUUUGAUAAAGAACAAAACCAAAGUUUGUCUAUGGUGGAUAAUAACCAGUGGUGAGUAUAUUAUUCCUUAAAAGACUCCACAUGACCGAACAAGUUUAUUUGACAUGAGAGAAUUGAGGAACCGUUUUCCCUUUCUGUUUAAAAAUAUAAAUAUUCCUCUAAUUCAUGAUUAUGUAAUUCAUAUUUACUAUCAGAAGUUAUGUGUACCAUUUUUUUUCCCUUUCAGAUGUCAAUAAUUACAAAUCAGUUUUCUGACAUUAUCAGUAAACACAGAUUUAUUGUUUUUUACUAGCAGAUGCUAUGUGAAAACUUAUAUUAUUAUUUCUUCAUGAGAAUGUGGUGUUUUGUGUUUAUUUUGGUUUUUGAUUUCUCAGACUUGUUACCAUGUAGUUGGUCAAAUUUGCAAGUGUGCUUCGCAGACACAGGUUUUUUUUAGUGGGAUUUCCCUUUUCGAAUUUCUUCCCUUUGUAAAAUUGUGUUUAGUUCUUUAAGUUUGGAGAUUUGUGAAUUUGCAUGAGGGGAGAGGUUAUAUGCUGAAUUUUAAGUUAAUCCUCAUGGUUUACAGAGGUGAGGUUAUACAGUGCGUAUAAAAAAAAAAUUUACACUUUGAAAAAGCCCUGGGAAUUAAAAAAUAUACAUGUGGGUAAUUUUUUCACAUAUAAUCUUGGGUUUGGGUCUCAUCUAUCCAAUGAAAGUAAAAGUUUUGACAGAAUGUUACACUUGAGUGAGCACGGUCCAUUUUUGUAAAGCUCGCAGAAAUCUGUUUGCGCAGAAAUGCUUGUUUUCACGCUGUGUCAAGGGGAAAGGGCGAAAUCAAACUUACCCUGCGAAAAAAUUUUCAUACAUUUCCCUUGCACUUUUAGUCAAUUGAAAUAAAACAGAUACAUUCAAGCAUUUUGUAACAAUUUUGCCACCCAAAUUGAAAUUUCAACACUAAGUAAGCACAACCUUUACCCUUUUUGUGCCAGCUGGAUCUGAGGACAUAACUGAAUCUGAACAAAAGUUUAUAUCAGACAUCUCCAGCAUUUUUUCACUAAGUUUUUAUCAUUUAAAGUGGGUUUACAUUUCAUUUUUAAUUUAAUACUUGUUUCUCCACACUUUUCCCAAGCUUGACAAUGAUUAACAAAAUGAAAAUCAAGCCUAAGCCAUUUCAUGUAAAUCGCAGCUCAAUAUAGCAAAUAAAGCAAAUAUCGUCACAAUGGCCUUGGUGUGUGGGGGAGUGGGGUGGGGCGCAAUGAACUCUUCGAAGUGUUUUGGGCAAGGAAACAAGUUAAAAAAGGUAAGAUAUCUUCAAAUCAAUUUACUAGCUAAAUUCUACGUGUUCUUCAUGAUUAAGGUCUACUUUUAUUCACAUAACUAUUUCAAAGUUCUGCGCAAAUCAUUUUUCACUUUUCAAAAGUAAGUGGUGCUCAUUCAAGCGGAAAUAUUUAUUGACAGUUAUAUCGUCAUUUGCUUAAAUGGAUCUGUACCAAUGUUAAAAUGUGGAAAAAUCUUCAGGAUAUUACAAAUAUAUAAUUUUACAGGAUUUUUUCUCAGUGUAAACUUUUUUUGAUACGCACUGUAUUCUUCAAUUUACAGUUUUCAGCCAUUAGCCAACUCAUGUUCUCGUAUUAAAUUUAUCAUAGAAUAUAUAUUGAGCCUCGGGUAGUGUCAGUACCUUUAUAUAUUUAUCUGUGUAAUGUUUCCCCCGUUUUUCAUUGAGUCUUUAUUCCCCCGUUCCAACAUGUAUGGAACAGGUAGCAUUUUUGUAAUAUGUGGUGCUUAUAAUUUGUUUAAUUCUAAACUGUUAAUACAAAACUUUCAUCUGUAUUUUGAUAUUUUUUGCUUUUGAAAUAUACACAUGUUUAUUUAAAAAUAUGUGACUGACUCUAAAACCAAAAACCCUGGGGGCCGUUUAAUAAAGCUGUUCGUAAGUUAAGACCAUUAAUUUUGGACAGUGUAUUAUUUUGAUCCUUCCCCAUCAAUUUAGCCCAAAUUCAGCAUAAGAUUGCAGCAUUGAUAAAAGAAAUAUACCCAGCAUCAUAGGAACACUAAAAACAACAAUGUUCAGAAACUAAUUACAGGGUAGAUGAUAGUAAUAUCGUUAAAAAAAAUCAUUUUGUCUUCAGUUUGAGUGUAAGUUGUUUUAGUCAUGUCUUGAUAUCUUUAUUUGCAUUUAUAUAAUGUAUGGUGCUGCAUGUAGCAAAACCAAAUAUAUCUUCAUUCUAUGCUAGAUAAUGUUCAUGCUGUUAACUGUUCCUGUAGGUGUUUUUUGUGUGUAAAAUUUGUAUGUAUAGACCUUAGAAACAUAACAAGCAUGGUGAAGGUUGCUAGGAUUGGCAAUAUCUUCAACGUACCGUGCAUUCUUGCUUCUGUGAUCCUUUCUUUGAAUUUCACAAAAAGUGAAAUUUGUAUUUAAUCUGUUAACUGAUUUUCAUCAUGGUCCAUAUGCAAGAUAUAUUCCAUUAUAAAGUUAUAAAAUGUUAUUUCACUUGGCUUCUUGAAGAUAAAGUAAAAUCUAAAAGCACAUUGUAUCCUAUGGUGAAAAGUUCCAUUAAAUCAAAUUGUUACUAUCAAUCUUUGUAAUAAAUUAAAAAAAUUGUCAUUUGAUAGUAACCGAAACUGUUACUUUGUUUACGCAAAAGGGAUAAAAAGAUUAGAAUGAAAAUCAAUCACUCACAUGCAAUGACAUGUUUGAUAAAAUGGUUGAAUGUAUUUUUGCCAGUCCAAGACUUUGGGCAUUAUUUCUAUAAACUCUAAAGAUGUAUUUAUAUAUGACGUGUCUUUCUUUACUUUGUAUGAAGCCUGUGGAGUCAUAGAAUAUAUUAAUGUAUUUGAAAAUAUAAACAUUUAGUACUAAAUAGCCAUCAGUUAUGACAGGUAAAUAGGUUAUACUAAAGAAAGAUGUGUUAUAUUUAAAUCACAUUUCAGUAGUAUGCACAUUAUUUGGGGGUAUAUUCAACGGUUUAUUUCCAAUUCGUCUAAUGCCAAUUCGUCCAAUUGCCAACUCGUCUACUACCAUUUGGUCUAUCAUCAGUUCGUCUACUCACCAGAUGGUCUAAUUUCAUUCAGUCUAAUGCCAUUCCGUCUCAUAACCAGUUGGUCCAAUAGCCAUUUAGUCCAUAUACCAUAUGGUCUAAUUAAACUAAAGUGUUUAUUGUGCAAAAUGAAUUAAAAGAAAAUGGGUAUUAGACCAACUGGUUAUUAGACAAAAUGGUGAUUAGACGAAGUGAUGAUUGGACCAAAUGGUUAUUGGACCAAAUGGUUGUUUAGACGUAAUGUUAAUGGAAGGAAUGGCAUUAGACUAAAUGAAGGUAGACCAUGUGGUAAGUGGACGAGUUGGCAGUGGACGAAUUGGUAAUUUACCAAUUUAACAACAAUACUUUAAUUUAUCCGACAAGUAGCACAAUUGACUGAUGGGAGAAUAUAUUACAGAAAUGAUAUAUGAAUUUACUAAUGGUGGAACUAGGCUUGUGCCGUGGGGGCAUUGCAAGUAAAUUUAAGGCUCAAAAUAAAUUCAUAGUCUUGAUAUUUGCAAUAUCAUUUGCUUGUCUGCUCCUCUGCAACAGAGGGGGCAUUCAUUUUGAUUUAAUGGAGACGAGUAUGAUCUUUCAAUUGCAAAUAUGAAAUUGUCUUGCAACAUUCUUUAGAGACAAGAGUUUGAGAUGGCUGUGACCCCCUCCCUCCCCUCCUGAAAAAAUAUAACCAUAGGAAGACUAUGCUACCUUUCAAUUAUUUCUCGUUAUGCCUUUUCUCCCUUUUGGGGGAUGAUUGAGCAUUUUGUCAUCCAAUAGAUUAGUGAAGGUUAACAAGAAAAAGAAAAUAUAGCGAUUUUUGUUUGUUUCCAAUUGUUUUAAUAUGCUGUAAAUAGUUGUAAAACAAUCAUACUGUAUGUACAUGUAUGAAUUAUGUAGCUAUGUAUCAAUAAAAAAUCACAAUUUUGUAAUAC